AUGACCACUAGUAAGACCUUCCCUCCGAUUGUUGAUAAUCGUUUUGGUUUCAAACUACCAACAAUUUAUCAAGAAGUAGAUGAACGAUCGUUCGAUUGGGAAUCUUAUCGUCGCACUCACCUUCAAUUCGAAAAAGCCGAAAGUUUGCACGACAGCCAUGUAUACGAUCGAUGUAAUUGUUCAAUGGUAACAUCCUCGACACACGUUCCACCUUGUCUGGUUCACGCUGCUAAUCUCUACACUCAAACGAAAGUCGAUCAAACAACUUUACCAAUCUCAUCGUGUCCAUGUAUGUUCUGCCGAAAACGUUUAACUGAAAAUGAACGUCCGCGAGAUCUACCGACAAAAGAAGAUUUGAAAGAAAUUUUUCCAAUCAAUGAUUUUCUUCAAUCAAAAAAAACGGUCACAUAUUUAUCUCGACCAUCGAGUGCACCUUUUCGACCAGUAACGAUCCCUAUUGCUAAUACAUCUACUCCACGAUACAUUCCAUCGUUCAGACAAUCGCCUUUAUCAAAGAAGCUCCAACAAAAUGCUUGUACGACAUCACCAGUGACAACUGAAUUCGGUAUGCGAUUAGAUGCGGAACCUAAUCACGAUCAUUCGCAAAUCUUUGAUUUUCCACGCGAACGAGAUGCAGUCUUUCGUAGUUUAGAAGAUUAUUUUCAUAUGACAUCAUUCGGUCGUCCAACUAUGAUUUUAUAA